GUUGAUUGUUGAAUAAUUACACAAUUCUCAUGGUGCUUAAACCCAUAAAAUCAGUCGCACCAAAGCGCCAGCAGAGGGAGACAAAAAACACAAGUAGCAAGUGGCCAUGACACUGCUGUCAUUUUAAUCUCUUUGAACGGGGCAUGUGCUUUAAUUGCGUCAAAUAUUUUAACGUGAUUAAUUUUAAUUAAUCGUAAAACUAGUCGGCUGACUAAUCAGGAGAAAAUUUGUCGUUUAGGACAGCCUUAGUGUACCAGAACAUAUUUCCUCCACACCCUUCUCACCUUUUUAACCCCUAGCCCAUGAAGAGGACCCCUGGAUAUGUUCGCCUUAGGCCCUAAAAUUGCCAAGUCCGCCACUGGUUACGCUGUCGUUCUGCGUGAGUGCUGCUUUCAGGUGCCUCAUCAAUUUCUUAAGUCUGUUGAAAUCAUACUAUUUUCAAGGUUAUUUAAGCUGUUGGAAAUGAGACAUUUCGACUGUUUCUAAUCGGAUAAAUUGAUGUUAAUAAUCUUGGAGAAUUGCAAGGAGCAUAAAACCAAUCCUUCUAACUGUUUUGUUGUAUUUAUUUGAAUGCAAGUUAGUAGAUUUCGUUGUAAAUGUAAAGUCCGACCUGGGAGCGAGUUCUUGAACGCACCGCAGUUGACUGCACAACACUGAACUGAUGAUCCAGCUGCUGUAAAAUCGAGCACAUGGACUCAAAUGACGACCAGCUGUGGGGGAACCCUAAAAGUUUGCCGAACCUCCCCUCCCGUCCCGAGCCAUGAUCCGGAGGCGCAAGCACUGGAUCGAUGAAGUCCACGAAAGCGUUCUGGGCCGGGACGCGGAGGGGCGGACGGCCGAGUCCCUGGAACUGAAGGGCGGCGCGGAGCACGGACACUUCCCCGUGGUGGGCGAUCUCCCGACGGGGAGCGGCGUCACCACCCUCCGGCCGGGCGACUUGCUGCUGGAGGUCAACGACACACCGGUGGCCGGCCUCACUAGCCGGGACGCGACGGCGGUGAUCCGGCACAGCAAGGAGCCCGUCAGACUCAAGUGCGUCAAACCAGGUGGUGUGAUCGACAAGGACCUGUGCCGCUACCUUAACCUGCGUUUCCCGAAAGGCUCAGUGGACCACGAGCUGCAGCAAGUCAUCCGGGACAACCUCUACCUCCGCACUAUCCCCUGUACCACCAGGCGGCCCAAGGAAGGCGAGGUCUCCGGGGUGGACUAUCAUUUCGUCAGCGUGCGGCGCUUUCUGGAAUUGGAGAAAAGCGGAGCCUUGCUAGAGAGCGGAACAUAUGAAGAUAACUUUUACGGCACGCCCAAACCUCCCGUGGACCCCGUCGAUCCCUCGCUAAAUGUAACGGAUCGGCCGCCGCUGCGACCGGGCGCCACUGCCAGCUCGGAGGGCAAACGCAAGCGCAACAAGUCGCUCAGCGACAUGGAAAAAGCCAGCGUGGAGCCACCCGAGGAGGAGGAAGAGGAGAAGCCCGUCGUUGUCAACGGCAACGGCGUCGCCCUCACGCCAGACUCGAGUGAAUAUGACGACAAGAGCGCGGCGGGUGACGCCACGCCACAGAGAGGAGAUGCCCCGGCUGAAGCGGACCCGGGCCGCUCCCCGAAAAUCGGCGUCGUGCCCAAGUUGGGGGAGGGCGACGAGCUGGGCCCGCUACCUGACAACUGGGAAAUGGCGUACACAGAGAAAGGAGAAGUCUACUUCAUUGACCACAACACCAAGACCACGUCGUGGUUGGACCCGAGGCUGGCUAAGAAGGCCAAACCGCCCGAGGAGUGCAAGGAGGACGAGCUUCCAUACGGCUGGGAGAAAAUCGACGACCCCAUUUACGGCAGCUACUACGUGGACCACAUCAAUAGGAGGACCCAGUUUGAGAAUCCGGUUCUGGAGGCCAAGAGGAGACUCCAGCAGGAGCAGCAAAUGCAAAGUCAGGGGCUCUCCUCGCUGCCGCUUCCCGCCAUCUACCGAGAAAAACCGCUGUUCACCCGCGACCCCACGCAGUUGAAAGGCAGCUUCCUGUCCACGGCGCUCCACAAGAGCAACAUGGGCUUCGGCUUCACCAUAAUCGGCGGGGACGAACCCGACGAGUUCCUGCAGGUGAAGAGCAUCAUACCUGACGGGCCUGCUGCCGCUGACGCCAAGAUGGCCACAGGUGACGUCAUCGUGUACAUCAAUGACGUCUGCGUCCUGGGCACCACCCACGCCGACGUGGUCAAACUCUUCCAGUCGGUGCCCAUCGGGCAGAGCGUGACGCUGGUGCUCUGUCGCGGUUACCCGCUACCCUACGAGCCCGAAGAAAACAACGGCAACAGCGCAGCCGCCAUCAUCUCGCCGCUGGGCAUCAUGGAGCAGCGCCCUCUGGUGGUGAACGGUCGCCCCGGUUACAACAACUAUCUGGACUACAUCGCCCGCACCGCCCGCUUCGUCCCGGACGCUCAGCAGUUGCACGACACCCACUUGGACACCCAAGAUAGCGUGUCCGUGGCGUCGCAAGGCGAGCUGCUGACGCUCACCCUGGUGAAGGGCGGCGACGGCUUCGGGUUCACCAUCGCGGACAGCGCCGCCGGACAGCGCGUCAAGCAGAUUCUGGAACCCGCAGGGUGCCCGGGUGUCAGCGAGGGUGACCUGAUCGUGGAGAUCAACAAGCAGGCAGUGCUGGGCUUGACCCACGCCCAAGUGGUGGACCUUCUCAAGGAUUGUGCAGUGGGCUCCGAAACGUGUCUGGUGGUGCAGAGACCCGUGCCAGAACCGGGACCCCCGAGGACGAUUCUUCCCACUGAUUCGGGGUCGGACUACCAGGACAUGGAGGUGAACCUGCGCAGGCAAAAGUCCGGCUUCGGGUUCAGAGUUCUGGGCGGGGACGAUGCGGGCCAGUCUGUGAGUCCGGAGACACGCCAGAAGAUCCUGAUCGGCGCCAUCAUCGAGAAAAGUCCAGCAGACCUAGACGGUCGGCUGCGGCCCGGCGACGAACUCCUCCUGGUGGACGGCAUCCCCGUGGUGGGCAAGACGCAUCGAUACGUCAUCGACUUGAUGCACGCGGCGGCGCGCAACGGACAAGUCAAUAUGGUCGUCAGGAGGCGGAAGCAAGGCGCGGGUUUGACUGUCGACUCGGAUCUCUGCUUACGAGUUGGUUUUAAAUCCAUCUCUCUGCCUGUUACUGUAGCAGAUUCCUGCCAGGAGAACGGCCGCCACUCGGGUUCGGUGUCCACGCAGCACAGUUCGCCGCGAAGCGACUUGACGUACGCUAACAGCGCCGGCACGGCUAGCGACGGCGCCUCGCCCGGAGGCGACGUCCUCAUCCACCGAAAAGAGAGCGAAGGCUUCGGAUUCGUCAUCAUCAGUUCGCUCAACCGUCCCGAAGCGCCAGCCGGCAACCCGGUGCCGCACAAGAUCGGGCGCAUCAUCGAAGGCAGCCCGGCCGACCGCUGCGCCAAAAUGAAGGUCGGCGAUCGCAUCCUCGCCGUCAACGGGCAGUCCAUCGUCGACAUGCCGCACGCCGACAUCGUCAAGCUCAUCAAGGACGCCGGACUUAGCGUCACGCUGAGGAUCGUCCCGCAGGAAGCGGAGGUGAGCAACCCGCCGUCAGCGCCCACCUCGGAGAAGCAGAGCCCCCUAGCGCAGCAGAGCCCCAAGACGCACUCGCCCCCUGUUGUCGGCUCACAGCCCAGCCAGGGAGCGCCUGAGUCCGACCAAGCCGACACCAAAGCCCAGCAGAGCCCCGUCAGCAGCCAGUUGUCCGCUCCCUCUAUGCAGACGUACCCCCACGAGGGCAGUUACAGAUCAGAAGUGAAAGCCCGUCAGGACGUGAAACCGGACAUCCGGCAGCCUCCGUUCACAGACUACCGGCAACCGCCCGUGGACUACCGGCACCCCCCGGUGGCCGACUACCGCCAACCGCCCAAUCUGGACUACCGGCACCCACCACUGUUGGAUUAUCGGCCGCAGUUCGCCAUCCCCGAUUACCGGAUGCCGCCGGUGCAGCUCUCGCAGGACUUUGACUUCUUCACGGUGGAGCUGGAGAAAAGCCUCAAGGGUUUCGGGUUCAGCAUCCGCGGAGGCCGCGAGUAUAAGAUGGACCUGUUCGUCCUCAGACUGGCCGAGGACGGUCCGGCACUGCGCAACGGCAGGAUGAGGGUGGGCGACCAGAUCAUCGAGAUCAACGGCGAGAGCACGCGGGAUAUGACCCACGGGCGAGCCAUCGAGCUGAUCAAGUCGGGCGGCAGGCGGGUGCGUCUCCUCCUCAAACGGGGAACGGGCCAAGUGCCCGAGUACGACAAUGGCAUCUCACGGGACACUCGGCCUUCAGCCUCUCCAAGCCUGCCGGAAGUAGCCGUGACGCCCGACAGCCUUCCGCCGGCGGCGAGCAAUGGCGGCGGGUCCGCCCGCGAGGGCCGCCGGGCCGCGCCGGGACGGUCCGUUGAGAGAAUUCCCGGAAAAAGCGGCUCCCCGGGGCCCUGGAAGAUCCCCGGAUCGGACGAGCUGCGGACGGGAACGUCAGGCGGGUAACGAACGGACCGAACGAGGAAACCGUCGCCGCUCCUCAACUCCUCCUAGUUUAAUUUAUUUGACCGCUGACUAAAUUAUUGGACACCCUCCACCUUAAAAAACUGGAAAUUCAUCCACUUUUGUUGGAGAAAUCAGCCGAACUGAGAAGCAAUCAAAUGUACGCAGUUUUUCUUAUACGUCGACCGGGACACUACGGGAACGCUUUUUCUCAGACUUUGCCUUAACUGGACUGCGUGGGCCCGACAACAAUCAGCGUGUAAAUAGUACAGAAGGCUGACAAACGACGCCGAGGAGGGGAUGGAGUGCCUUAGGAAGGGGCGAAGCGUAGACGUUUUUUUUUUUUCCAGAAGGCUGCUAGUAACCACGACGACCAUGCGUGACGUACUGUGAACGGGACCGCGUCACGGGCUCGCUUAUGUCCUUAAAUGUGCCAAAACGGCUUGUGCAUAUUUUUUGUCAAAUCAAGCGCGUGUGUCGUCUCGGUUGCCGUGGCAAUGAGGGACCAGCAAGCACAACGUGGAAGCGUCUUUUGUCUUUUUCAUCACUUUCGUCGGACGACCAAAACCAAAACGUGCGUGUGUGCGCGCGAAUGUACGUGUGUGUCGGUGUGUGUGUUGAUGGCACGCACCUCAGAAUCACUGUGUAGUGAGAUAACAAACUAUGAAACAAAAACAAAAAAAACAAGACUCUGUGUUCUGUCGGCAGUCACCAAGACUUGUAGAAAAGCGGAGCAACUAUUUUUAUGAUGAGAAAAGCAGCACUAUGAAGAUUUUUUUUUUCUUUUUUGGAGAUGGGUUCCCAGAAAUCUUGUAUGAUACUCUGAUGAAGAAAAUAAAAUAUUGACAACAACA